AUGCAAACGGAACCCUACUACCUGGAGUCUAUUAUCGAGCGAAUUACUGGUCAGCAUACUGUCCCUUUCGGCGACGCAAUCCUCUCCACGCUUGAUACCGCCAUCGGAUGUGAAACUUGCGAGGAGCUCUUUACCCCUUCAAAUCCCUCGACCUAUAUGGGUCUAAAUGGCUGUGAAAUCAUCCUCAACAGCAGCGCUUCUCACGCCGAGCUUCGAAAGCUGAGGACUAGGCUCGAUCUUAUUGCCAACUCUACGAGGAAGUUGGGAGGUAUUUACGUUUAUGCCAAUGCUACCGGUGUCGAUGGCGAGGCUCGCAUGAUGUUUGACGGCUCCUCGAUGAUCCUAGUCAAUGGUAGAGUCUUAGAGCAGGGAUCUCAGUUUUCCUUGAAUCCCGUUGAAGUCACAGUAGCGACAAUUGAUAUUGAACAAGUUCGGAGCUUCCGCUCCAGCAUCUCGAGAAACGUCCAAGGGGCUGCUCAGCCGGACUACCCCCGAGUUGAAUUUCCCAUACGACUAUCCCGACCGGCCGACGAAGUGUACUUUUCCGACGUGUUGAAGAUGUCCAAGGACAAGGAACUCCGAAUCCUUGACCCCAUGGAGGAGAUUUGGCUGAGUACUUCAGUAUAUCUCUGGCAAUGCUUGGAUAGCUCAACAGUCGCGCUCUUCGUUUACGGAAUGGCCAGGCUCGUCAUGCAUUCCAUCGCAGCAGGAGAGACCACAACUCUCUCAGACCUCAGGCGCGUCACUGGCAUAAAGGACUUCUCACCCAAGAAACCCGAAGAGAUUGUCAACCUCCUACUCACAACCUGCUAUAUGGGAACUGUAAACUCCUCCGAAGACACCAAGUCACGGGCUAAGAAGCUGUCCGAGAAGCUAGGCGGUCAUCACUUGGAUAUUUCCAUCGACAAUGCCGUUGGUGCCCACAACGAUCUUAUCAAAACGGCCUUGAAUUUUACGCCGCGGUAUAGCGUCCAUGGCGGUAGCCGUGCAGAAAACCUAGCGUUGCAGAACAUCCAGGCUAGAAAUCGUAUGGUGGUCCAGUACUCGCUUGCACAACUAGCGACGACGGCCCGGAACCUGCCCAGGGCUGGUACACCACUACUUGUGCUAUCAAGCGGUAACGUGGAUGAAAACCUUCGCGGAUACUACACGAAGUACGAUGCCUCGAGCGGUGAUCUAGCGCCAUUGGGCAGCAUCUCCAAGACUGAUGCCCGUCGUUUCCAGAGCUGGGCACGCGAUGAGUGGGAUCUCCCAAUCAUGACUGACUUCCUCGAGGCAACGCCCACCGCCGAGCUCCUUCCUCUCGAGGCAGGUGUACAAGACGACGAGUCUGAGAACGAGAUGGGCAUGACCUAUGAGGCGAUCAAUCGUCACAAGGCCACCAUCAUCACUCCCUCGAUUCACUUGUCCGGAUACAAUCCCGAUGACAACAGGCACGACCUGCGGCCGUUCCUGUACGUCGUAGACUUCCCGUGGCAAUUCAACAAGAUCAAGGCACAUGUGGAGAAGUUAGAAGCACGGCUCCAGAAGCGUGCCUAA